UGUGUCAUCUUUGGUUCUUUAUUUACAAUUGGCAAUUUCUAUCUAUCAAUUUAAAACUAAGGAAUAGAGCUACAUUCCAUUUAAAUGGCAGAUACACCAGAAUCCCAAGCAUCGUUGACUACCUCCUCCUCCACGCCCGCUGAUAAGGACGGUUCAAAAAUUUGUAUCCUUCUGAACGCCACUGGAAAUGUACCCAUCAUCAAAAAGCGAACGUGGACCGUGGAUCCCAAUAAAACCGUCAGCUGGAUCCAGAAGUUUAUCCAUAAGUUCCUCAAACUUGAUGCCAAUGAGCAAAUUUUCCUGUACGUUAAUCAGACAUUUGCCCCCGCUCCGGAUCAGAUAAUAAAGAACCUUUACGAGUGCCACGGAACCAAUGGAAAACUGGUGCUCUACUACUGCAAAAAUCAGGCGUGGGGCUAAAUCGAUAUACGCACUUGGCUUGGCUAAAUUUAAAGUAUUUAUUCGACUACUAAGUAAUUUGUAUAUUAUUAAAUGUGAAUAAGCUGAUA